UACCCAGGGCUCGGAUUUUACCUCAUUUUUGUUUAUUAAUACCUUUCCAUUAUUAGCAUUUUCAGAUUCUUUUGUCAAUUUAAUAUUCUCUCCUUUCAAUUCUUCUUCCUUCUUUUUAAUUUUAAAUGUUGAGGAUAACGAAUUUUCUCCAUUAUUAUUUUCUUGAAUAUUUUCUAAAGCGACAAGAGAAUAUUUUUUAUUUUCUUACUUUUCUUUCAAUUUUUGUUUUUUUCUUCAUUUCCAUUUCCUUUCGUUGUUUUUCCAAAAAUUCUUCAUCAAGACCGAGAUCAUACAAAGACAUUAAAGAAUAAUAAUUACAAACUUUCUCUUCUUCUUUUUUAACAUCCCCUUCUC